ACCAGCCAGCACGCAUCAGACAGGGCAGGGAGUCCCAGACUGCGUCGGCUAGACGCGAGCGGGCGGCGGCGCAGCUGGCGUCGACCCAGGGACGGGGUCGGGGACGCCGUGUGCGCGUUCCACAGGACUUGGUGGAGAGUUCAUCUGCUUCAGGCUCUAGGAGUAGGCUGGCUCGGGUAUCUUCUUCCCGCCAGCGAGAGGAGGAGGAUGAGGAUGAGGAGGAGGUGAUACCGGAUGUUGACCCUCCAGUCGGGGAGGAGGAGGAGCAGGAGGAGCAGGAGGUGGAUAACUAUCCGGGAGGGCCUUUUGACACUUCCCUGCUGAUUCACUACCAGGAUCACGUCGCUCGGCGGAUCUGGGAGGGAGAGGAGAGAGAGCCAUUGAAAAUGGUGAACCACUCCAGGAAGAUUUUCGGUCUGUUUAAACCAGCAGCUCAGUGGUUUAACGACCAUGUGCGAGGUUCAGGGCUUAGCGGGCUCUGCAUGACCGGGUACACCACCAUCAGCACCGGCAUGCAGGGGGCAUUUGUGGAGCGCUGGCACAAGGAGACGUCUUCUUUCCACUUGCCGGUGGGGGAGUUGACGAUCACCUUGCAUGACGUCCAGUGUCUUCUCCACCUGCCCAUCAGGGGGUGGCUGUUGGACCACUCCAGGAUCCAGAGGGUCGAGGCCAUUGAGUGGAUGAUGCACUAUUUGGGCAUGCCGCACGAGGUUGCUCACCUGGAGUGCGUCUCGACUUCUGGGUGUUGUCGCUACCGCGAAAAAUGGAUCAGAGUCGCCACUAAUAUAUUUAUCCCAUCGCGGGAAAGGAAUACCAGGAAACCUAACUCAGAAUAAGAACAAGGUCUUUCGACCAGAGAACAGGGCACGGGAGUCGGUUACGCGAGGGGAAGGUGUUAGCACCCCUCACGCCCAUCGUACUCGAUGGUAUCCACCUAUGUUUGUUUCUAUCUAAAGGGUGUAUACUAUGUCUAAACCUAAAUGCGAAUGAAUGCAAAAGAAAUACGGGGAAAAGAAGGAAUUAUUUACAAGUGUGUUCGCUUAGGCCCCGCGACCCAAUGCCUACGUAUCCUUUUCAGGAAUCAGAACGACCGUAGUUCGGCUCCAUAGUUUCCAUUUGUUUUGUGUUUUUUAGUUGAACAGCGGUUAAGGUCACAAUCCACGAUGCUCGACCUUUGGAGACUUAUACGCCUAUUUUUGGAAAGGACUUAACUUGUUCUUAAGCGCCUAACAAGGCAAAAGAAAAUGAACUUGGGUUUGUGUUUUUU